ACCAUUUCCCUGCUUGAUCCCUAGUUCCCUACCCUGAAGUCUGAACUUAAUAUGAUAGGAGAGGAAAAGAGAGCACUGGGCUCAUAUCUCAUUGUCCUUUUGCCAGCCUCCGUCUUCCAGCUCAAUCUUGUACCUUUGCCCCAUGCCUCAGCCACCCCGUGAUGCGUGGCGACACUAGGGUGGUAUACGACACUGUGCAUACGAUUCCCUCCCCCCACAAAACCCCAGAAUUUUUUUUAAUGAACUGUUGAUGCUGCUCCAGUCACUUCUCACUUGCAUUGCAUUCAUCUGCACAUGCUUUCUGAGUUCCUUGGCCUCUGCAUUCUUCAGCUUCAGCAGUGAGUGCUGCUGCAGUGGCUUAAAGUUCUGUUGCCAGUUCCUGAAGAAAGGAAGCAAAUCUGGCGAGGUUUCUGCAGGGGGGAGGAAGAGGCAUUAGCAUCCAGUGCUUGCUUCCUGUGGGAUGAAAAGAACUGGUGGUCUACCAGCCAGAUCCUCCCUGUGCAGGAUUGGACAUUGUGGCACAACACAUUUUUUUUUCCUGGUGGCCAGUAGCUAUCUCCAAUAACUAAAGAUCAUCUCAGCUUUUCUGUGUUCAGUUGCUGCCAUCAUUCUGCUCCCAGCAUCCAAGCUCUAGAUAGAAAUCUUGCUUCAAGAUUCUAGCAGCAUUUCUGUUGGUGUUCUUGAUUAGGAAGGCAGACAGAUUAAUUGGCUGGUUUUGUUUCGUUUCCCUGCUCAACUGUUUCUGAUGGUCUGCUUCUGAAGAAAAAGGCUUGCCAUUUCUGAUAAUUUGCUCAUCAUUUCUGCUCUUGCUGCUGUUCAUCAGUUCCAUAGCAGCAAACUAGCAAUCACCAACAAAUUUUCAGAAGCCUGAAGAAAUCUUCCUGCAAUUUGCAAAGAAAACAGAGGAAGAAAUUUUUGUUGCAGCCGAGAAUGGCUAGAAGUUGCAGGCAUUCUCUUCUCAUCUUGCUGCCAUUGCUGCUUGCAAUGGUGCCUGAAUCCACGCAGCUGCAGUCCUCCCAGACAUGGUCGCUGCUCAAGAUCCAGCAGCUGCUCAACUACCCGCCGGUGCUCAGCAACUGGAGCAACCACACCGACUUCUGCUACGGCGGCGACUAUAAGACCGCCUCGGCCUUCGUCGAGUGCUACGGCGACAGCGUCACGCAGCUCCACAUCAUCGGUCCCGGCGGCGCGCCUCCGCUGCCGAAGACGUUCUCCAUCGACGCCUUCUUCACGACGCUGUCGAGGCUGCCGGACCUCAGGGUGCUCACGCUCACCGGGCUCGGCCUCUGGGGCCCCCUGCCGGAGAAGGUGUCCCGGCUGGCGGCGCUGGAGAUCGUCAACGUGAGCGGCAACUACCUCUACGGCCAGCUCCCGGAGGGGCUGUCGCGGCUCGGCAACCUCCAGACGCUGAUCGCUGACGACAACAUGCUGUCCGGCGAGCUGCCUGGCUGGCUCGGGAAGCUGCCGUCGCUGGCCGUGCUGAGCCUCAGGAACAACUCGCUGCAGGGGACGCUGCCGGAGUCUGUCAUGGACAUGGGGUCGCUCAGGUCGCUGGCGCUCGCGUCCAACAACCUCUCAGGCGACCUGCCAGACCUGAGCGCGCUUAAGAACCUGCAGGUGAUCGACCUCGCCAACAACUCGCUCGGGCCAGCGUUCCCGCGGCUGGGGAGGAAGGUGGCCAGAGUCGUGCUCAGCGGCAACCGCUUCAGCGACGGCCUCCCCGGCGAGCUCAGCUCCUUCUACCUCCUCGAGCACCUCGAUGUGUCAAGGAACCGGUUCGUCGGGCCCUUCGCGCCGGCGCUUCUCGCGCUGCCGUCCAUAGAGUACCUCAGCAUCGCCGGGAAUCACUUCACCGGGCUGCUCGCCGGCAACAUGUCCUGCGGCGAGAACCUCCGGUUCGUCGACCUGUCGUCGAACCUCCUCACCGGGAACCUCCCGUUCUGCCUUACCAGAGUCAGGUCAAGCAAGAAUGACGACUCCAAAGUGGCGCUCUUCGCGGCGGCGAACUGCCUCUCCGCCACCGACGGCGACGUCGGUUCGCAGCGCCCGUCCCUGUUCUGCCAGAACCAGGCGCUGGCCGUGGGCAUCGUGCCUGACCAGGCGCGCGGCAAGAACCACGGCUCCAGGGCCGUCCUCGUGGUCGGCAUUGUCACGGCCGCGCUCGCCGGCGCGGUGCUCGCCGGCGUCGCCGUCUUGCUCGCCGUGAGGAAGGUGACCAUGAGGCGCGCCAAGGCCAGGCCGCCCAGACGGCUGGUGGAGCACGCAUCGAGCGCUUAUCCUUCGCAGUUCUUCGCCGAUGCGCGUUACAUAUCUCAGACGAUGAAAUUGGGAGCUCUAGGAAUUCCGGCGUACAGAUCAUUUUCUUUGGUGGAGCUUGAAGCGGCAACCAACAAUUUUGAGUUGUCCUGUCUCAUGGGGCACGAUGCUCACGGCCAGAUGUACCGCGGAACGCUGAGCAACGGGACUCCGGUGACGAUCCGGUCGCUGCGAGUGAAGAGGAGCCAGACGUCGCAGAGCUUUAACCGGCACAUCGAGAUGAUCUCCAAGCUGCGGCACCGGCACCUGGUCAGCGCGCUGGGCCACUGCUUCGAGUACAACCUCGACGACUCCACCGUCACGCAGCUCUACCUUGUGUUCGAGUACGUGCAGAACGGCAACCUCAGGAGCAGGAUCUCACAAGGAACAGAAGGGAGGAAGCUCCCCUGGAUGCAGAGGAUAUCGGCCGCCAUUGGUGUGGCGAAGGGCAUCCAGUUCCUGCACGGAGGGAUCAUGCCUGGCCUGUUCGCGAACAAUCUGAAGAUCACCAACGUCCUUCUGGAUCAGAAUCUUGUCGCCAAGAUCGGCAGCUACAACAUCCCCAUCCUAGCCGAAACCGCGAAAUCCGAGGGAGGAGGUGGAAGCAGUUUGCUGCCAAUAACAUUUUGCAGGGUACCGAACGGCGACAAGAUUGAUAUCUACGAUUUCGGCGUGAUUCUGCUUGAGGUUGUGUCAGGAAGGCCCAUCACAUCCAUACAUGAGGUGGAAAUCAUGAAAGAACAGCUGCAAUCGGCGCUGACGUCGGAAGGCCCGGGGAGGAAGAGGAGCUUCGCGGACCAGUCGGUGAGCAAGGCGUGCUCCGACGAGUCGCUGCGGACGGUGAUGGAGAUCUGCCUGCGGUGCCUGGGCAAGGAGGCGGCGCAGCGGCCGUCGGUGGAGGACGUGCUCUGGAACCUGCAGUUCGCCGCGCAGGUGCAGGACGACUGGCGGGGGGACUCCCAGAGCAGCGAGGAGUCGCCGCUGUCGCCGUCGCAGAUCCCCAGAGGAUCCAACAGAGCAGAUGCCUAGGUUGAGAGGAGAAGAGAAAUCAUUGGCCAGGCGAUGAAACACAUGAAGCAACAUUUUUCCUUUGACAAGUUCGGUUGAUCUUGAUCACCACGGCUGCAUGGUAGAGAACUGGACAGAAUGAUGCCAGGCUAAGUGUAUAGCAGCUGCAGCUGAAGCUGAAGCUCGAACUCACAUAUUAUUAUUACCCCAGGAUGUGUACAGAGCCUUCUUGGGUAGACGACGACUACUGCUACUACUUUUUUUCUUUCUUUUUCACUGUGCUCUUUACUUCAAAUUUCUCCCCUUUUAUUUGCCCCUUUAAUUACAUGGAUCUUUUGAGUGUGCAAUAACCACUGUAUUUGCUUGCUUCUACCUUGGAAAAUUUAGGACCAAAUGUAACAUCAUGUACUGUAGUAUCUUUGCAUUGUAAGGCAAAACAGGAAAUAUACUGUGAGUGAAUAAGUGCACUGUUCUUUCAACAGUGACUGCUGCUGUUCUGGGCAGCAAUGGCAGACAGCCACUGCAUUCUGAA